AUGUCCCUAAAGCUCAUCUCGUUCUUCCUCUGCGCUCUGAUUGCACCAAAUCUCACAGGUGAAGAUACUUCAUUGCCAGCACCUCAGAAUAUCUCUAUUCUUUCUACCAACAUGAAACACUUCUUAACUUGGAGUCCUGUGAUCGUCCAGGGAGAAACUGUGAGAUACUCUGUUGAGUUUCAGGGGGAAUAUGAACGAGACUAUGCCAAUGAGAGCUGGAUUCCAAUCUGUGAAUGUUCACUUAUCACAGCCACAGUGUGUAAUAUCACAGAGGAUAUCUCAGCUACUGUGGCCUAUAACCUGCGUGUAAGGGCAGACGUUGGUGCUAGAAGAUCAGAAUGGGGCACCCUGAAAGGUUUCUUCAAUCGCAUAACAACUUCCCUGACCCCACCUGUGAUGAAGGUCAUAGCAGCGGGGUAUCAUUUACUAGUGGAGCUGGAAGACAUGGGGCCUGCCUUUCAAUUCUGUGUUCUCUAUUGGAAGAAGGGCCAGGAGAGUAGGAUGCAACAGAAGGUGAUGAAAGAGAUCAGUUCCGUGGUUCACCUGGACACCAUGGAGGCAGGACCUGAUUAUUGUGUAAAAGCUCAGACAUACGUCGAGGCGAUCAAUAGAAGCAGCAGCUUCAGCCAGAUACAGUGCGUGAGGGCACAAGGUAGCAGAUCCAUGUGGCUGGUUACUGCCCUCAUCUCCUCUGCUGGCUUUGCUGUGGCUGCUUUGACCCUGCCUUUCCUUACCUGGAAAACAAGUAAAAUCUUUCAGUAUUCCUUCUGCCCCGUUGCUGUCCUGCCAGACACACUGACAUUAUCAGAGCCCCCCACCCAACUAAUACUGUGUGACAGUGAAGAAGCUGAGCAAUGUGAUCUGAUGGUGUGUGUGAUGCCCUCAGAAGAAGUUCUCCGACUUGUGAUGCCCUCAGAAGAAGUUCUCCGACUGUGGAUUCAAGAGACGCUUUAG